CAUCCCCCUUUUUCAUGCCUUUUCCCUCUUAUUUCGUAUCCCUAUCUUGGCCAUGUUUUUUCUUCUUCUGUUUUUCCUUUCCCUCCUGUACCCCUCCUGUCCUGUUUCCUGUCAGGGCCCCUCCGCGGCUGCUCACACGCCAUCGACACUAACAAUGAAGUCAGGCAGGAAGAGGGGCGGGCUCAACACUUGUAUAACUUUUCUCUCUAUCUCUCUCUCCACCCUCCUACUCAAUGUCUCCGCCAUCCCAAUUCACUCCUCCCUUUCUGUCACAAACACAGCCUCUUCCCCUCUCCACUACUGCCCAUUCUCCCUCCCUCGCUCUUUCACAAACAAAUGUUUCAGUCUAGUACAUGGACUUUAGACAGCUCUGUUAUGAAAGGCCAGGACAGGCGCUGCGAUAGGGAGGGGGCUGGAUAUCCCUCUGUAUUAGGAGGGUGUGGGCUGUGAUUGGGAUCUGAUCAAUGAGCUGGACGUGUGGGAGAUUGUACACACAGCCCUCAGAAGGAGAUGACGUGUGCGCGUGUGUGUAUAUUGGUUUGAUGAGGUAAGAUAGUUACAAAUAUCUUUAUUGUGGUUGAUGGGGGAGGGCCCUGGAGACUGGAAGACUCAAAAGGAGAGGACUUUUUCAUUCUGGACCUGUUAAGAAUUAACUCCACUCGAUUGGGCACAAAUACUGCGUCCACACACUUCAGAGUCUGUGAGGAGCCAGGGAGCCAUGUAGCUUAAAGCUCAAAGCUCUGCAAUCACGUCCGGCAAUCGUCUUGGGACAGAGUGUGUGUGUGUGUUCUGAAAUUGAGGGACCAAGGCUGCACAGAGAAUAGAGGGUUGAGAGAUCCUCCUCACAUCUGGUCAUCUGUGGAGCUGACCCCACGGGACUAUGGCUGUCCCAGCGCUGGACAAGUACUGUGGAUCCACCUUCUGGAAUGCAUCGUUCCUGGAGCGCGAGGACCCAGACCUGCCCGUGUGUCUGGAGCAGACCCUGCUGGUGUGGGCACCGCUGGCCCUGCUCUGGCUCUGUGCCCCCUGGAACCUGGCUGCCCUCUGCAGGGCAGCAGCCAGCAAACACCUGUCCAAGCUCUACCUCUGCAAGCAGGUCGUAGUGGGGUUGUUAUUCCUGACAGCGGUGGCAGGCUUGGCCCUGACGUUGGGAGAGGACUAUGGUCCAGGGAAUCAGGAGCAGAAGAACCCCGCUGUGUACUACACCAACCCUGCUCUCUUUGCUGCCUCCUGGGUGCUGAUGUUGCUGUGUCAGGAGGGGCUGAGGCGGAGGAAGGGGGCCGUCGACUCAACCGCCCUCUUCCUCUUCUGGCUGCUGCUGGUCGUCUGUGAGAUCUUCCCCUUCCAGACACUCACGCGACAGGCCCUCAGGCCGGAAGCGGUGACAGACCUCCCCCGGUUCUGUCUUUUCUUCAUAUCCUUUGGGCUGGAGCUGCUGGCCCUGGUUUUCUCCGCCAUCGCUGAUGUUCCUCCUGAGUUAGAAGAUCUGGUUAAGAAGAACCCAGAGAUGGGGGCUGCCUUCCUCAACAGGAUUACAUUCAACUGGAUCCACAGUAUGGUUGUCAAUGGCUACAAGCGGCCUCUUGUCCAGGAAGACAUGUGGGAUCUGAACAAGAAGGACUCCACCCAGUGCAUCAGCCAGAGCUUCCAGGACAACAUGCAGGUUGAGCUGGGAGCCGCGAGGGCCCGCCUCCGGAAGAAGGCCCCAAAGAAGAAGGACAAGCUCCACAGCCGUGCCCCGGCAGACAGCCUCCAGAAUGGGCUGGGCAAGGGCGUCAGCCGGGACGCGCUGGUCAUGGAAGAAAAGGGGGCUAGAAAAGAUGAGAAAAGGGAGAAGAAGGAAGAGAAGAAAAAAACGAAAAAGGAGAACGGGGACUACCCCAAGUCUUGGCUGAUUUCCACCAUCUUGAAGACUUUCAAAGGGUCUCUGAUAGAGUCGGCCUUCUUUAAACUAUUCCAGGACCUACUGGCCUUCGCCAGUCCCCAGCUGCUCAAACUGAUGAUCUCCUUCACUCAGGACACAUCCAUGUAUGCCUGGCAGGGGUAUCUGUAUGCGGUGGCCCUGCUUCUGGUGGCUAUCCUGCAGUCUCUGUUGCUUCAGCAGUACUUCCAACGCUGCUUCGUGCUCGGCAUGCAAGUGCGGACCGCCAUCAUGGCCGCCGUGUACAAGAAGGCACUGGUGGUGUCCAACGACGUCCGCAAGGAGUCGACGGUGGGCGAGACGGUGAACCUCAUGUCCGCCGACGCGCAGCGCUUCAACGACGUCACCAACUUCAUCCACCUGCUGUGGUCGUGCCCCCUGCAAAUUGCCCUCGCCAUCGCCUUCCUGUGGCUGGAGCUGGGCCCUUCGGUGCUCGCUGGCCUGGCCGUCAUGGUGCUCAUGGUCCCCAUUAACGGCCUGCUGGCCUCCAAGUCCAGAAACUUCCAGAUUGAGAACAUGAAGUUUAAAGAUAAACGUAUGAAGAUCAUGAAUGAGAUGCUCAAUGGUAUCAAGAUUCUGAAGCUGUACGCGUGGGAGCCCUCCUUCCAGAGCCAGGUGGAGGGGAUCCGAGAACAGGAGCUGCACGUCAUGAAGAAGUUUGCCUACCUCUCCUCCGUCUCCACCUUCAUCUUCUCCUGCGCUCCCGCCCUGGUGUCCCUCGCAACCUUUGCUACAUUCGUUGGGGUGAGCUCGGAGAAUGUUCUGGAUGCUGGGAAGGCCUUCACCUCCAUCUCUCUCUUCAACAUCCUGCGCUUUCCUCUCGCCAUGCUGCCCAUGCUCAUUGCUGCAAUGGUGCAGACAACGGUGUCUAAGCAACGUCUUGAGAAGUUUCUGGGAGGACACGACCUGGAUAUGAACAUCGUCCGCCAUGACCCCAGUUUCAACACAGCCGUGAGUGUGUGUGAUGGCACCUUUGCCUGGGAGAGAGAUUCCGAGCCUACUCUCAAGAGUGUGUCACUGGAGAUCAAACCAGGCCGCCUGGUGGCGGUGGUGGGGGCAGUGGGUUCCGGAAAGUCCUCACUGAUGUCAGCGUUGCUAGGGGAGAUGCACAGCAUCAAAGGCUUUGUCAACAUCCAGGGCUCGGUAGCCUACGUUCCCCAGCAGGCCUGGAUCCAGAAUGCCACUCUGAGGGACAACGUCCUGUUUGGGUCUCCGGUGGAGGAGAAGCGCUUCCAGAGGGUGGUGGAGGCCUGCGCCCUGGCCCCCGACCUGCAGCUUCUGCCCGGGGGAGACCUCACCGAGAUCGGGGAGAAGGGUAUCAACCUGUCUGGGGGCCAGAAGCAGCGUGUGAGCCUGGCCAGGGCAGCCUACAGCCAGGCUGAUGUGUACCUGCUGGACGACCCUCUCUCUGCUGUGGACUCCCAUGUCGGGAAGCACCUGUUUGAGCAGGUGAUAGGACCCAGCGGACUGCUCCGCAACAAGACCCGUAUCCUGGUGACACACGGCGUGAGCUUCCUGCCCUAUGUGGAUGACAUCGUGGUUCUGGUGAACGGGGUGGUGUCGGAGGUGGGCUCCUAUUCCCACCUGAGGGCUACCAGGGGGGCCUUCGCUGACUUCCUGGACACAUACGCCAAGGAAGAGAGCAGCAAGGCUCCCACACACAUAGCCCCAGAGGCAGAGACAGAGCAGGUGGAGCUGGAGCCGGAGGGACACGAGGCUGGGGCUGACUCGCCUCUGGAGGAUGUCGUCUCCACCUCCCUGAAGAGGGGGAGCAGUAUCCGACGCAGUCAGCGCAACGGCAGUGUCAGGUUAAGGAAGAACAGCUCCAUACACAAACCAAAAGACUCUGAUGAGACCAAGAAAGGACAGAGGCUCAUAGAGAAGGAAACCAUGGAAACUGGUCAGGUGAAAUUCUCACUCUAUAUCCAAUACCUGAGUGCCAUGGGCUGGGUCUACUCCUCCAUGGUUUUCCUGGUCUACUUCAUCCAGAACAUUGCUUUCAUUGGCCAGAACCUGUGGCUCAGCGAUUGGACCAAUGAUGCGGUGGAGUACUUCAACAUGACCUACCCCACCUGGAAGAGGGACACCCGAGUGGGCGUAUUCGGAGUGCUGGGCGUGGCCCAAGGGUGUUUUGUGUUCCUGGGGACCCUCCUCCUGGCCAACGGUGCCAUCUCUGCGUCUCGUAUCCUCCACUCACGGCUGCUGUCCAAUAUCCUUCGAGUGCCCAUGGUCUUCUUCGACACCACGCCAUCCGGCAGGGUGGUCAACCGCUUCGCCAAGGACAUGUUCACGGUGGAUGAAGCAAUCCCCAACUCCUUCCGCUCCUGGAUCCUGUGCCUUCUGGGCGUGAUCGGAACCCUCUUCGUCAUCUGCCUCGCAACGCCCUACUUCACCAUUGUCAUCAUACCUUUGGCCAUAGUCUACUACUUUGUGCAGCGUUUCUACGUGGCGACUUCCCGCCAGCUGCGUCGUCUGGACUCGGUGUCUCGCUCGCCCGUCUACUCUCACUUUGGGGAGACGGUGUCAGGCCUGUCGGUCAUCCGGGCGUACGGACACCAGGACCGCUUCCUCCAGCACAAUGAGAAGACCAUCGACGAGAACCUGAAAAGUGUCUACCCGUGGAUAGUCUCCAACAGGUGGUUGGCCAUUCGUCUGGAGUUCCUGGGGAAUCUGGUGGUGUUCUUCUCGGCACUGUUUGCAGUGAUCUCCAGAGACUCACUGGACAGCGGUCUGGUUGGCCUCUCUAUCUCAUACGCUCUCAAUGUGACACAGACGCUGAACUGGCUGGUGAGGAUGACCUCAGAGCUGGAGACGAACAUUGUUGCUGUGGAGAGAGUUAGCGAGUACACCGAGAUAGACAAUGAGGCUGCCUGGGUGACAGACAUCAGACCGGAUGACAAGUGGCCCGAGGCUGGGAGGCUGCGCUUUGAGAACUUCAAGGUCCGCUACCGACCUGAACUAGACUUGGUUCUGCAUGGCAUUACCUGUGACAUCGACAGCACUGAGAAGAUUGGUAUCGUGGGUCGGACCGGAGCAGGGAAGUCCAGUCUCACCAACUGCCUGUUCAGGAUCAUCGAGGCAGCAGAGGGGCGGAUCCUCAUCGACGGCAUGGACAUCUCUACCCUGGGGCUCCACGACCUGAGGAGCAGACUCACCAUCAUACCACAGGACCCAAUUCUGUUCUCAGGAAGCUUGAGGAUGAACCUGGACCCGUUUGAGAGCAUCAGUGACGAGGACAUCUGGCGCGUGCUGGAGCUGUCCCACCUGAAGGACUACGUGGGGGCGCUGGAGAAGGGACUGUACCACGAGGUCUCGGAGGGGGGGGAGAACCUCAGUGUUGGUCAGAGACAGCUGCUGUGCCUGGCCCGGGCACUGCUGAGGAAGAGUCGUAUCCUGGUCCUGGACGAGGCGACGGCGGCUGUGGACCUGGAGACAGACGAUCUGAUCCAGACCACCAUCCGCAGGGAGUUCUCCCACUGCACCGUGCUGACCAUAGCCCACCGCCUCCACAGCAUCCUUGACAGCAGCAGAGUGAUGGUGCUGGAUGCGGGUAAGAUUGUAGAGUUUGAUUCUCCUGCCAGCCUCUUUGAGAAGCAAGGACAUUUCUAUGCAAUGGCAAAGGAUGCUGGGAUCAAUUACAUCGACUACACAACACUGUGAUGAAACGUGGACAGUUGUACAUGCUUUGGAGAGCAUCGCCACAAUGCAAACAUUUCAUGGGACCAGUGGAAGAUGCAGUAGAAUACAGAAGAAGGUUUCACCUAUAGCUACUAAAGUAUAUACAUUUGCUUGCAAGCUAAUGGUAACCAAUUCAUUGUCUCUAAAUACAAGUGAAAUUUACAUAUUUUAGUAAAAAAACAAACAUGUAAUGCAAACAUGCAGUAUUAUACAAGUAAAAUUCUAUAUAAUGAUAACCAACCAUGUUUAAGACAGCUCUUCUGGUCUCAUGUUGGAGUAGUUUACUGGUUUUCUGUUCAGGAUAUUUAUGGUACACUUACAUUUGAUCUUGCAAGAACCUUUACUAUAAUGUAUAUUUACAUUACAUUUAGUCAUUUAGCAGACGCUCUUAUCCAGAGCGAUUUACAGUAAGUACAGGGACAUUCUCCCCGAGGCAAGUAGGGUGAAAUGCCUUGCCCAAGGACACAACGUCAUUUGGCACGGUCGGGAAUUAAAACGGCAACCUUCUGAUCAAUAGCCCGAGUCUCUAACCGCUCAGCCAUCUGACCCAUCUAAGGCUUUCUCUUUGAUAUACAGUACUGCUUAAGUGUCAAUUGGUUGUUGAUUGUUUUUUAAAUCUACAAAAUUGUAAAAAAUAUAUAUAUAUUGUUAUUGUUUGAUUAUGAUUUUUGGAAUCACUAUUUGACAAUGUAUGCACUGGUAAGAUCAAACAAUGUGGUGUUGUACACUAUUUUAAUUUAUACAAAUAAAUGAAUGCUAUCAGUUUUA